UGUCUGUGUCUGUGUCCCCUCGUUAACCUGGAUUUUUUCGUCUGAACCUCGGCAUUCGUACUCCAGUAGGUUGCGGGCCUUAAACACGAUCUGGGUACUAGAUUUAUGCCUGACAAACGAGUACGCAACGACCGACGAGAAAGUCUUACAGGACGAGUGAUUCGUUGUAUCAGCACUAGUCCAGGUGGGCACAAAAUACGAGGUGGAGGUGCAGGCCGAAGAAUCCCUUAUUUACCACAGUUCUCCGAGUGUCGUAAACAGCGAGUGCAUACAUACUGGUCAUCCCAUUCUACUUCGAGGCGCGAGUACUAUCACCAAGACCUACACUAUACAGACUACACAUACUUAUACCGUAAAACACCAUGAAGCCAUAUACCGACGAAGGCCCCAUCAAUUGUGAUGUUGACAUUGACACCACUAACGUCAAAGGGAAAACGGCCAUUGUGACUGGAGGGUCCAACGGCAUUGGCGAGGCUUACGUUCGUGCUCUGUCGAAAGCAGGAGCAUUUGUCGUCAUUGCUGAUGUCGCCGAAGGGGAUGGCGAGAAAUUAUGCAAGGAACUUGGCAGCUCGGUCCGUUUUGUAAAAUGCGAUGUAUCAAGCUGGGCAAACCAAGUGGCUACUUUCAAGGAGGCCGCCGCAUCGUCGCCCUCUGGGCGGAUUGAUAUCGUCCUUGCCAAUGCGGGAAUCGGAGGACCACCAGAUACGAUCUUCUCUACCAAAGUGGAGGAUGCAGAGCCAGAAGAACCUAAGCUGAAGAUACUGACCGUCAACCUCACCGGUGCUCUCUACACGGUCAAACUUGCCCUCCACUACUUUCGUCGACAGAAUGCAUCGAACAAGGGCACUGACCUCGACCAAGUACUGAUCCUGCAAGGGAGUCUGGCCGGAUUUAUUCAACUUCCUGAAGCUGUCGAGUACGUGGCUUCUAAAUGGGGCCUACGUGGGACAUUCAGAACCUUGCGUGUGACGGAGUUUCAACACAAUAUUCGAGUGUGUUACAUUGCACCCAGCUUUGUACACACCAAAAUAGUCAACGACGAACUUGUCCAGCUUUUGGAAAAGGGCAACAUUGAAUGGGCGACAGUUGAGGAUGCAGCUGAAGCUGUGAUGAGGAUUGUGACUGACCCUGGUGUCCAAGGUCGGGCACUGGCCAUUGCGCCUCGCAGCUUGGCCCCUCGUGGCUAUUUCGACUUGUGCGACGAUGACAAGGAAGGGUCACCCGUAUAUCCCCUGAUAGACGCAUCUCUGGGAAGGAUGGGUCUCGGACGACAUUGA